UAUUUAGUAGAAUAUUUUAGAUUAAUCAAUCUAAUACGAGAAUCAAUCAAACCAUUCGUAUCUUCUAAGAUACGUCGACGACAGUUCGUUACAAUACAUUGAUCAUUUAAUUAUAACAUAGCUGUUCGAAACCGCAAUUUUUAACAGUUAGCUGCUUUUACAAUUGGUCACUUAAUUUGCCCGACAAAAAAAAAGGGAAAGAUGCUUUGCGCGCUCGCUCGCAUGUAUUACCUUAUUUCGCGAUCGUGCAUCGUUACGCGUAACACGGAAAGUAUCCCGAUCUGGGACAGUACCUCACCCGCGAUCCAGCGAUCCAUCGAUCCCGAUGGCCUCCGGUUUCUCUCCCUCUUUUUUCGCCUCACCUUCGCUUGUUUGUUCGGUGCCUUCCCUUUCGGUUCUCCUCUUUGGUCCUCACUCCGGUCGAGAUCAACAGGGUUUACUAAGAGAGCACGCGUCCUCCAGAAACUUCAGUGUAAACCGCGCACUCAAACUCGAAGGAUCAUCGGAUUCUUCCACUUUGACAAGAACGAGACAGAGAAUUAAAGUCUUCAAUCUGUAAUGCGUAGUGUGACACAGGCGUAACUCAUGCGAAAUCCCGAUGCGCCGUUCAACAGUUUGAGUGUGAUCUCCUGCGUCUUUAGUAUCAAUCCGGCUGUGAUCGAUCGCGAUUGAUCGCGAUUUCAGUGUUGCUGAAUCCUUGUGAAAAACACAAUGCGGGGUGGUGGUGUUCUCCUAAUGUCGUUCGCAUUCAUAACGAUCGGAACGGCAAAAUGUCCAAAGAAAACAACUUCGCCUGUCAGAGAGAUUCUUUGCUAUACUUCCAUCUUCGAUGUAAAGCUUCUAAUCGACUCUGUGUGCGAUUGUACCACUCUGGUACAUCAAAAUCAUGAUGUGAGAAAUCUUUCAACUGCCGAUAUUUCUGACUUGCGGAAAUCUUUAAAAGAGAUGCAUUCACCUCUUCAGUUUGUCAUUUCUAUACACGAUCCCGCGAUGAUGCUCAGAAAUUCCGCUGUGGUACGACAGGAAGCUAUCGCUCGAAUUAUUGCUAUUAUGAAAGAGGUGGAUGGCGUAGAACUGAAUGUAACGGCGGGCUCAAAGGAGCGUCUUUAUAAUUUUAUCAAAAGUCUCAAAAACGAAAUGAUUAAAAAAUCUUACGACAAAAGGAUUUUCAUGGCUUUACCUAUAAGAUCGGAGGAUUUAGCCAAGCAGUUUGACAUUAAGGAACUCAUGAAAUAUAUUGACCUAUUUACACUGUCAACGGAUUAUAUGACGGACGAAGACGGAGUCUUCGUCACCUUUCAUCCCUCGCGUCUAAUAGGACUUUUCGACAUGCUAAAUACAGACAGCUUGAUAGACUUAAUAAGUGGAUUAGGAGCACCCAAGCAGAAGAUCGUGAUAACCGUGCCGGUCAAUGCGUACAAAUUCACUUUGAAGAAUCCGGACGAGAACGCACCAAGAUCAAAAACUACGGAGAAGGAGCCUGUGUCAAUUGAUCGUAAAGAGCUCUGCGAAGCUAUAAACAACGGGGAAUGGAUCGUAGAACGAGAUGAAGAUCUCACAGCGCCUUAUGCAUUUCAAAACAAAACGUGGAUUGCUUUUGAAGAUAAGAUUUCGGUCGGAAUAAAGGGGAAAUAUGUGUUUUUACGAGACUUGGCGGGAUUGGCCUUGCGAAAUAUAGAAAAUAACAUGGAGACCGAGUGCGAAAUACCAUUCACGCAAGAAAUUUAUCAUUCCUUCACGGAGUUUAGAAAAAAAUCGAGACGAGCUGUACUCAGUGCGCUAGAAGAUGAGCUUCAUCAAAUGCAAUUUUCGUAUCCAAAUAAUGCGAAAACGUCUAGCUUCCGUAUCACUCGGAUUGUAGACACGGAGGGACAUAUCAGAGCCAUACGCGAAAAUACACAAACCGAGUUUGUUUGCAAACGUCAAGGUUACUUCGUCCAUCCAAAAAGUUGCAAUAGAUUCUAUCGCUGCGUGAAGUUCAAUCAAGCGAUAGAAGACUAUUCCGUUUUCGAAUUCGAUUGCCCAGCUGGACUGUCGUUUGACGAACGCACGGAAGUUUGUGUUUGGCCAGGCUCGUUGUCCGAAGGCUCACCAUGUCCUGGCAGUAGUGAGAUUGCUCCUGUCACCCCGAAGAGAUUUGAAUGUUCUCAACCCGGUUAUUAUGCGGAUCCACAAAAUUGCCGUUGGUUCUUUGCUUGUAUGGACUUAGGUGGAGAAGAACUAACAGCGUUCGAGUUCCGCUGUCCGUACGGCUUGAUAUUUGAUGAGAAGAAGUUAGUGUGCGAGUGGCCUUGGCUGGUUCCAGCUUGCUCGGAAUCUAGAUCAGGCUACACCAGCCACGAAUAUAAUUAUGGAAGCCACACUCCACAAACCUCUAUUGGCGUUGGAGCUGGCAGUUACGUCACCAGCGGUUUACCGGAAUACUCUGUGACUGUGGGAACGGAUUAUUCCAACAUGGAUUAUUCUAAAACAACCGGUAUCCAUAGUACAAAUUAUUUUGGAACCACUGCGGGAGAUAUUAGUAAACACCCUGAUAUUGUGAUUUCUGGUCCAGGACAUGUAGGACUGUCCAGUGUAGUCGGUACUGAUUAUUCUAAAUCCACCAAAUAUGGAGGAGCAAUAUCUUCUGUUCCAACGUAUAGCAAUUCACCCGACAUACAGAUUAGUUCGGUACCACUUAGUACAAUUGUCGGAGAAGAACGUGGUAUAAAAUAUUCUACAACGAGCAACAAAAUUGGCGAUGGAUAUACUGAAUAUACUACUGUAUCUACUGGUCAAGAUGGCUCUGGAUACUUUGUAUCUACUGGUGGAUUUAACACUGGAUUUGCAAACAGGGAAUCAUUGAGAGGAGUUGCUGCAGACUUUUCCGGAUCUACACCAAGAAAGUACUUCGGACUUUCCGCUAGCGGAAGUUAUUCAGAAGGGACUACUGCAAGUUUUUCCGGAUCUACAACGGAAGAAUAUUCUGGAACCGCUAGUGGAAGUCAUUUGAAGGAGCAAGGUGCAGGAGCAACUUAUUUGGAAAAACCUAUCUCAAGGUAUCCUAAUUUGGCAAAUAAUUAUGCAGGAAGUGUUAGUCCGAUAAUAGAUACAAGUUAUUCGAGAAUUCCGGGAAGUUACUUCGAAUCUAGAUUACCUGGAUCAUCCAUUGAUAUCCACGUACAAUCUACUAGUCCUAAAUAUGAUGGAUCGACGAAUGUAUACGCAGGUUCCAGCACACUUAAUGUUAAUGAUUUCUUGACUUCUACCGGUGUCUACUCAGGAACAGCAAGACAUCAACCAUCAUUCGGUGAAACCGGCCCAUCGUUCGGAUCUGUAUCUUAUCCUGGUGCUAGCGGCAAAAUCGAAAUAACAGGAUCGACUGAUAAAGAAUAUACGAGACCAACAACAUAUAAAGGUUCGAUUGGUGCAGGAUAUUCUACGGGCGGUAUCAGCUCUGGCUUUACUGAAAAUGACGUUGGUGUGUCAAUUAAAUCUGGGAUAGGAUCAAGUUUGCACAGUACAACGAGUUCAAGUCAAAUCCCAGGAAUUAAUUUUGUUAGCGACGUUCCAAAGUUUAAACUAAAAACUUCAGGAAUUUCUACAGUUUCCGGACAAGUAAGUUUUAUUCCUAGACCAACAGGCACUUCGACAAACUAUAGAUAUGAUAAUGAGGAAGGAUAUACGAUCCCUGUAUUUGUACAACACGAAGAGCCCUCGAUUUAUCCCUCGAUCGGAACUGGAGUCGAAGAAAGAGACCACAUCGGAACGACUGGAACGAGUGGAAUCGGUUUAACAAGUGGCUACGGGAAAACUAAUUUGAACAUAAGUAUUUUUGGCAAUGAGAUUCCUACUGAUUACGAUAUUCAGAAAAACACUCUUAGUACUAUUCAAACUGGAGUUACUAGAGAUGGAAGUAAUACUAUUGGUGACUCCUUUUCGAGGACCGUAUCCAGUAUCCACAGAAAUGUUCCUGGAGUGGUAUUAACUCCUGCCAUUAAUCAAAACGUUAAAAUCCCAACUGGAGGAGGUCGACCUGGCUACGUCGCCCCUUCUGAAACAGCGGGAUAUGUGAAUAGCGAUGUGAAGACUAUAAACGUUGGAUCAGCUAGUCCAGAAACUCUAAUAUACGAAAAAUCCGAAACGCCAAAUCCUACGAUUCCAAUAAAUGGUCCUUCAACAGUUGGUGUCUUAUUAAAAGAUAACUUUACUCCAAAUAUUAACACAUUCGGACAAACGGCUCCUGAAAUAUCUAUAGGUAGUUUCAUUCAACCAGAUUCGACAAUCAAAAGCUCGACUCAUAAAUCAUAUGAAUCGCAAUCAACUUAUCACGGCAUCAGCAAUGCCCCUGCGAAAGGUUCAAUUAUCUAUUCGAGUAGCUCUCCAAGCGAAAACUUGAUACCUACAGCUCCUCAAAACUAUAGAACUGAUGAAGAACGCAGCACUGUCACGUUCAAUUCCGCUUACAAUACUAAUAAGUAUGCAGAAAAAGAUAUUUCAGACUACAGGCUAACAAGUACUAGUCUUCCCGAUUUAAUCGUAUCCGGAAGAGUAGAAGGUACUGAUAGCAUUUACGAUUCUAGAUUCGAAAACUCACCUACUUCAGGAUAUUCUUUGAGUAAAUCAACUGUUUUCACACCAAAUGGAUUUACGAAGACUGGUCCAACCAGGACACGUAUAACCACUGCUGUUCUCGGAGGUGGUAGUUACUCAAUAAGUACAGAUGAUCAUAGGCCUACUUAUAACCCCGAUAAUAUCAGCGAAAAGACAUUUGAAGGGAAUCUUGAAAGGGUCGCUGGAUAUAGGACUAGUACAUCAUCUGCUGACAAUCUGUCCGUUACUUUGACUUCACCUGGCUAUUCCUCGAAAGCUGCACCGGAUGUUCCGAGUGGUCGCUUCACUGUACAAUCAGCUACUUCCGGCUACUCAUAUCCUAAGCCAACCAUUCAAUUUGGAACUAGCGGUGUCACGUUCUCUUCAAAGCCAAUUGUGUUGGCUGGAAGUAAUGUACCGAUUACGACGUCGCCGCUGUCUUUCAACCGCUUACCAACGUCGACAAUCAGACCUGUAACUCAUACUUCUGAACAGCCAGAAAUUUACAAAACGACUCCUUUUGAAUCAUUUAAGAUUCCGGUGGAUAUUCCAACCAUCAGACCUGUGAUCGAUAUCGGUUAUAAGAUCUCUCGACCGAUCUCUCCGACAACCAUUCCAUUGUUAAAUGAUGAUCAAUUCAUCAAAAGAACAGGCAGCUCUCAGUCAGUAUCCAUGUCUAACAUUGGUUUAGGAGUGCCUUUCCAACGGACCGAUUCAAGCGGCCAGACAGGUCAUAGCUCCUCGUUGGGAUAUCUCCCACCAAAGUCGAUUGAAGCUGGCGUGACUGCGUCCACCACAAAAUAUGACUUAUCUGCAAUAACCGCACAACCAGAGCUCAUCGGAUUAACGUAUAAGAAACCAUCACCGAUCUCUGACGUUACGUACAGUCCUUCCUCGUUCCAUUCGCCCACCACAUUCAGGCCUUCCGACAUAUAUUAUUCCAGCCGAAGAUUUUCUCUAGGGACUACGCCGUUUUCUCUAGGGACAAUCCCUACAGGUGGCUCUCCAACAAAUCAGAAUAUUUCAAGGGAUAAGAUCAAUAAACUAACUACAAACUGUGACAGGGGCACCAUCAAAUAUACGACACCUAAAUAUGAUACCUAUUCAAGUUCCGGAUAUGGCAUUCAGCCUUCGACAUUUUCAUACGAAGUUACUACAAAGUCGCCUGAAGGCAAAGGUAAAGUCAUUGUCAAGUGGAGCGAUCUUCAUCCACUUCUUUUAGGAAAACUUGGGGCAGAGUGCACGUGCAAGGCCGAUCCCUUUGCCAAUCUUCGCGGUCCGGGAAAGAAGCAGAUCGAUUCUUCCAAGGGCAAAGUGAAUCUGGCCAACUAUGACUCUUCUGAAAUCUACGUCGAUCUCGAUUACUCUGAAGAGGAUGACUAUUCUACCAACUACAACGCUUUCCCAGCGCAGCCCUUCAAGAUUAGUCCACAGGAAACGACGACCGUUUCGAUCAAUGUACCAUCAUCCUCUUACUUACCUACAAUAGAUGCCAGAACAUCCGCGAGGAAUUACGAGUCUCAUUCGGGUCAUCGAAUGGGCAAAAAAUUGAAAUACGAAGAGAAAAAUGAAGAAGAAAAGGAAGAAUAUGAUGACGAUCCUGAUCAGAUAAUUAAUGGUGUCACCGAUUGCGCUAGGCCAGGUCUUUUCAGACAUCCCGGACUUUGUAAUAAAUUCUACGCUUGUCACUGGGACCAGUGGAAGAAGAAAUUCACGCUUCAUAUUUUUAAUUGUCCUGUUCACUUAACGUUUGAUUCAAACGAGAGCGCGUGCAACUGGCCCAGUAAAGGACCAGCUUGCCAAGCCAACAAUUUAUUAGUGUAAAUGCGUCAUUAGGCUUUUAUUAUCAGUUGAUCAGCGUCUUC